AUGUUCAGGCAGAUACAACUGCGCUGGAGCGGCCACCUAGUACGGGUGGAUGACCAACGAUUACCCAAACGACUGUUUUACGGUGAUGUCGCUGUGGGUGCUAGCCGCAAAGGAGGACAAAAGGGGCACUACACGGACAGUGAAGAACUCGCUGAAGCGCCUUCACAUCAACACGGCGACUGGGGAGGAGCUCACAAAGAACCGAUCUGCUUGGCGAAGGACGGUAAAAACUGGCGCAGCAAUCUACGAAGCCAGUCGGAUUGCCGUCGCAAAGGCGAAAAGGACGGCUCGCAAGUCUCAAACCCAAUAGAAGCAGGUUGUUAA